AUGAGGAUAUCCACCACCUCCUGUAUCUGUCCCUUUCUGGUCUGCCUCUGCUUCAUCCAGAGGUGCUAUGGGGAAAGCCACCAUGCUCCCGCCAAAGUGCCCUCCAAGAACCAGACCAAACUGGCCAACGGGGAGACGGAGGUGCACCACAGGCCUAAGCGUGGCUGGAUCUGGAACCAAUUCUUUGUUUUAGAAGAACACAUGGGACCAGAUGCGCAGUAUGUGGGAAAGCUUCACUCAAACUCAGAUAAAGGCGAUGGAUCUGUCAGGUAUAUUCUGAGCGGAGAAGGAGCUGGGACUAUAUUUCUCAUCGACGAAGUGACAGGAGAUAUUCAUGCCACUAAGAGCCUGGAUCGGGAAAGGAAAACGCACUAUGUCCUGCAUGCACAAGCCUUGGACCGCAACACAGAGGAGGCCCUGGAACCAAAGUCGGAAUUCAUCAUCAAAGUGCAAGACAUCAAUGACAAUGCACCCAAAUUUCCAGAUGGACCCUUUGUAGCGACUGUGCCUGAGAUGUCUGAAGUGGGAACAUCUGUGUUGCAAGUCACAGCGACGGAUGCAGACGAUCCCACCUAUGGAAACAGUGCCAGAAUAGUCUACAGUAUUCUACAAGGACAGCCAUAUUUCUCCGUUGACCCCAAAACAGGAAUCAUCAGGACUGCCUUAGCCAACAUGGACCGGGAAGCCAGAGAACACUACACCGUUGUUAUCCAAGCCAAAGACAUGGCAGGCCAGGUCGGAGGCCUCUCUGGCUCUACCACCAUCAACAUCACUCUGACAGACGUCAACGACAACGCCCCCCAGUUUCCCCAAAAAAAUUACCAGCUGUACGUGCCUGAAUCAGCUCAAGUAGGGAAACCAGUAGGGAAGAUCAAAGCCAAUGAUGAGGACCUUGGCAUCAAUGCAGACAUCAAGUACAGCAUCAUUAACUCAGAGGGGGCCAACACGUUCUCCAUAUCCACGGACAGGGAUACGAGAGAGGGAAUCUUGAGUCUCAAAAAGCCUCUGAACUAUGAGAGGAAGAAGACCUAUACUCUCCAUAUUGAGGGGAUCAAUACGCACAUGGAUCCUCGUUUUUCCUAUCUUGGUUCUUUCAAAGACACUGCCACCCUUAAAAUCACAGUUGGGGAUGUGGACGAAGCACCUGUGUUUUCUAUGGAUUAUUAUAUAAUGGACGUAUAUGAGAACGCACCAAGUGGCACAGAGGUGGGCGCUGUAAUGGCUCGAGAUCCUGACAGCAGGAACAGCCCUGUCAGAUAUUUCUUGGACAGCAAAGAGGAGGAUGUACGCUACUUCAGAAUCGAUGAGAGCAGUGGAGUUAUCAAGACGACGCAGCCUCUGGACAGAGAAGACUUGCCUUGGCACAACAUUACUGUGAUGGCCUCGGAGGUUGACAACCCCGGCCUUCUCAGUCACGUUCCUGUUACCGUCCAGGUCUUGGACAUGAACGACAAUCCGCCAGAAAUAGCUACAGAUGAGGAGGUCAUUGUAUGUGAGAGCUCAAGGCCAGGACAGGUGAUCCAGACCGUCACAGCGGUGGAUAAGGAUGACUUUGCCAAUGGACAGCGGUUUUCCUUUGCUUUGCCAAGCCUGCUCCCAGUAAAUCCCAACUUCACCCUGAAGGACAAUGAAGAUAGCACAGCCAGCAUCAUUGCAAGACGGCGUCGUUUCAACCAUCUGACCCAGGAACUAUAUGAGCUGCCUAUUGUGGUGUGGGACAGCGGGGAGCCAUCAUUGAGCGGCACCAGCACCUUGACCCUGCGUGUUUGCCCAUGCCAGCGCCACGGUAGGAUCCGGAUGUGCCAGGGCGAGGCGUUCCUGUCCUCAGCAGGUCUCAGCACGGGGGCUCUGAUUGCCAUCCUGCUUUGCAUCGUCAUCCUGCUGGCCAUUGUGGUUCUCUUCAUCACACUGAGGCGGAGCAAAAAAGAGCCCCUCAUCAUCUCCGAAGAGGAUAUCCGUGAGAAUGUAGUCACCUACGAUGAUGAGGGUGGAGGCGAGGAGGACACCGAGGCCUUCGACAUUAUCGCCCUUCGUAACCCAGCUGCAGCCGAGGAGCUCAAGUUCCGGCGAGACGUUCGCCCAGAGGCAAGACAAUAUUGUGCUCCUCCCCCCCGCAGCCGUCGGAGCCCGUCAGUGGAACACCUUGAUGAGGUGGAUGUGCACGAGUUCAUCAAGCAGAGACUGGUGGAGGCUGACAUGGACACAACUGUGCCACCCUACGACUCCCUCCAGACCUACGCUUACGAGGGUCAGGGCUCACCCACAGGAUCCAUCAGCCCUUUAGACUCUCCUGGUACACACUCGGAGCAGGAUUAUAACUACCUGGAUGACUGGGGGCCCGAGUUCCAGAAACUGGCAGAACUUUAUGGAGAGGCAGAUUCAGAUGUGACGACCUAGUCUGUGAUUUCACUCUUGUUAAACCAAAUCUGUUUGAAAUCCGUUUUUCAAAUUUUCAGUGAACAAGUUAACAAACA